GUGUAUACGUUACUUUCCCCUAGUUGUAACAUAUCCCAAUAUUUUUGUUGAGAAUUUCGUUGCUCCCUGCUGAUCAAAGUAUGACUACUGCUGAGGGAUGUGUUUGGUUACAGAGAGAAAUUUCAAUCCCUGCGAAGAAAAGAGGAUGUCAUUUAAUAUCAGACGAAUUUACAAGAUUGGUUCCUGAAAUAGAACAAAUAAAGAUAGGACUCGCAAAUGUGCAUAUAAAGCAUACAUCAGCCAGUCUUUGUCUUAAUGAGAACUGGGACUCUGAUGUACGGGUGGACAUGGAAAGCAUGCUUAAUAAACUGAUUCCAGAUAGUACACCAUUCAGACACAAAUGUGAGGGGCCUGAUGACAUGCCAGCACAUAUAAAGACAGCCUUUAUAGGAACAUCCCUCAGCAUACCUAUAACAGAAGGGAAACUCAACUUAGGUACAUGGCAGGGUAUAUGGUUGUGUGAACAUAGAGAUCAUGCAGGGAAAAGAAACCUAGUUGUUACAAUGCAAGGAGCUCCUAUGAAAAAAUGAGGACUAUCUGUGUCAGAAUAUUUACACAAGUGUCAUAAUCAUCAAGAGUACCACAGAACCUUAUAAGAGUAUCAUUACAUGAUGUGAAAACUAGCAUAAAAUCAUGAAUCAAAUUUAAUGAGAGUCAAAAUGGAUAAUGUUUUCCUCAAAAUUUAUGAAGUUUCAGACAUAUCUAGCCCAUGACAAAUAUAUACAUGUAUAUUAUAAAAAUAAGGAGAUGUGGUAUGAAAUAAGUCACAGUGGUUAAGGAAGUUUGUAGGUUAUUUGGCACAACUUUUUGGAAUUUUGGAUCCUCAAUGCUCUUCAACUUUGUACUUGUUUGGAUUUAUAAUAAUUUUGAUAUGAGCGUCACUGAUGAGUCUUAUGUCGACGAAACGCGCGUCUGGCGUACUAAAUUAUAAUCCUGGUACCUUUGAUAACUAUAUGUUAUUGAUUUUUAAAUAGGUUGAAAGUAUUCUGAAUGUACAGUAUAUGACCAUGAAGAUGUGCAUCUUACAAAUUGCAUUUGACCAGAGAUAUGACCUGUUGAGAUUUCAUUGCCUUUAAAACAAUAUCAAUUUGCUACAGCCAAGACAUUUUAGUGUCAACUCUUAUUUUCAAACUUGUCUUUGAGGAUUUAAAAUUUUAUAGUAUAUCAAUUUGUUUUACAUAUUCCUAAAAUUAUCUUAUUUCAAAUAUUUGUUAUCUUUUUUGAUAUUUUUAUUUCUUACUUCAAAUUACUGGUAAAAUUUCAACAGAUGUAGUUUUUUCGAUUAUUUAUAUGUUAUGUUUGCAUCUUCAUUUAUUAAAAGUUAUAAAAAUAAUAUUGCUUUUCUUUUCAUGUUUUUAAAUUAUGUACCAGAAAUCUUUAUACCAUAGGAAGAUUUUAUAUCAUUAUAUUAAGGUAUUGUGGGAUAAAAACAGUGUGUCAUAUUCUUAUACUUUGCAAAAGUUGGUAUAUCUUGCUAUUUUGCACCUUAAAAUAAAAUUGUAAGAUCACUGAGAGUUUUUCAAGCUACAGAUAGUAAGACAUUGACACAUUUUGUAUGGAUAGUUCAAGGAAAUUGUGAAAUUUAAAUAAAAAAAAAUAAUCAUAGAA